CAAAAGCUCGUGAAUGGAUUUACUGGUCCCCGUGUCAAAAAGUUUGGGAACCCCUGGUGCUGAUACCCCUCCCCUUAGCCACUGGCAUAAUCAAAGCUAUGGGUAACAACUACAUUACUGACCCCUUGCAAUCCUCUCAGAUCUCCCCUCCUGGUGGAAACUACCAUUCUGUACUACCUCCUCCUGGGAGAAAGGAUGGUCUGUAACUGACACUCAGCUAGAACCGACACACUUACCUAGAAACUGAAAAAAUUGCUAUAUUGCUGCAACCUCCUCCCUCAAAUGAUCCCAAAACUGGGGCCUGAAGCCUAGGCCCUGCGCUCUCCUAGGACACGAAUUUACGAAGCAAUCUAACUGAACGAAGCCCUUUGACAGAGGACUGGAGCUGGGAUCUAGCUUAUUCCAGAAACCUUGUGGCAUGGAGAACACUUACACCAUCAACUGAGUCCUCAGCCAAAAUGAAUGGGCGCAGAGAGAUUUGAGCAGAUGUGAGGUAGGGAGACAAAAAUGUUGUGUUUAAAGCCACAAGAUCAUUUACUUUAUAACUUUAGGUUACUGAAUUGCAUCCUAGAACAUUUUGUGCUCCUCAGAAGAGAUCAACAACUCUGCAUGUCCAUAAUGAGCAGCCUUAGAAUACCAAGGAAGUGUGAGAAAGAGCUGGGGGUGAAAGAAGAGCAAAACACUUUGGAAACAAUGAGUUUGAAGAAGCAGGAGGGCUCUCACAAGGCCUUCCAUGCCAUGCUGACCUGGCUUCUGGGCCAGGAUUCAGCUUCCAUCCAGGACUUCUGGAGGGUCCUCUUCAAGGAUUACAACCUGGAGAGAUACUCCAAACUCCAGCCUAUUCGGAGCAGCUUUCCCAAAGAUGUGGAUCUCAGCAGACAGCGCCGGGGGAGGAAACCACCCCCUAGCCCCAAGGCCUUGGUCCAGCACAAACAACAGCCAAAGAGGAAAGCAUCAGAGGAAAGGGACUCGCCCCUGCUAGCUCAGCCCUUGCUGAAAUGCAACUCAAACCCUGGGACCAUGCUGAAAGCAAAAGCUGUAAAGAAACCUGAAGGUGUGGAGAUACAGCAUUUCCCUGUGGGCAAUGGCACUCAGACUAUGGCUGCUUCAGUCCAGAGAGCUGUCACUGUGUCAUCCAGGGAUCUACCAGUGAGCUGCGGGGCUGUUGAAGGAAUUCUCAUCAAACAGGUUUUUGAGUCAGGGGGCUCCAAGAAAGGUGUCAAACUUGGAGGCGAGUUUUAUGCAUCAAGCAAGUUUGAGGAUCCUGGGGGAAAGAACAAAAGCCGAAGCCAGAAGCCCAGUGUGCGAACCAAGGGAUUGCAAGGGCCCCAAUGUAAUGGGGAGCUGAAAAUAAAUUCACAGAGCAGGUUCCAUGUCACCCCUAUGCACAGCGUGGAUCAAACCCUAAACCAGAAGAACGAUGAUGAAUGCGCAAUGUGCAGGGAUGGAGGGGAGCUAAUCUGCUGCGACGGCUGCCCCAAAGCUUUCCACCUGGCCUGUCUCGUGCCCCCACUGACAGAAAUUCCAAGUGGAACAUGGAGGUGCAUCUCUUGCUCAGCUGAGAAAGUGAAGCAGGAUCAGCGCAUAGAAGAGGAGCGGGCCAAAGAGCUACCAUCUGAGACACAGAAGGGUCUGUAUGGACAAAGGGCAACUGGAGAUGGGGAAAGAAUUCUUAUCAAAGAACCCAAACCAGGCUCUGAUGCCUCAUUUACCUUCAAGCAACCUCUGCUCCCUGCACCUUCUGCCUCUCCAAUGCCAGUGGUAACACCAAUCUCAACCCUCCAGCCAUUGCCGAAUUUGGGCCCAGAGAGACAGCUGAAACUCCCAGUUGGUGAGAGAUGUGGAGUCUGCAGGGGAGAAGGAGACAUGAUCUACUGCGCCCAGUGCUUCAAAGCCUUUCACUCCCACUGCCACUUCCCUGCUCAGGCAGAGCGGCUCAGUGAAAUCUUGCUAUGCAAGUCCUGCUCUGACAGCUCUGAAACCAGUGGUGUGGAGGGAACCGAGGCUUCAGAUAAUCCUACUCUAAGAGCAGUGAAGGUGGUGGAAGAGUCUCUUGGGAAUGACCCAAUCCUGAAUAAAGAGGAGCUGGACUCUCUCCUUGGUGAGAGCUCCUUUGAUGGGAUCCUGCAGUGGGCAUUCCAGAACAUGUCUCGGCCACUGUCAGAUACCCACGGAUUUUUCUCCUAGUACCUGUUAUGAUUGUGGACAUCCAUACAAACUUGCUGCUUUUAUUCUGUGGGCUUGACACUGAUUCUCUAUACACAUCUGAUGCAGACAUUUUGGGAUAUGUAUGUUGAAUCCCUGUUCACUUACGCCCACUUCCACUGCUUUGUUACAGUACUGGGCUGGUUUCAAGUUGAUAUAGGGAAGGAUUUGUGGUUGAAGGGCAUAAAAACUUCACCUCCUUAAUCUCAAAACGAUGAUUUAGCAUCCCUGAGAUUUGUGUUUCCCAGUGAACCGUUCCUUCUGCCUUGUAUUCACAGUUCAUCUGCUGCUAUGUUAUUGUGCUUCUCUCACAGGAAAAUAAUUUAAGAGCUGGCAGGACAGCCCUACUGCUUCUCAGUUUGGCACUGGAGGCUGGGGGCAGACACCCUGGACAGGCCAGCAGCACAGCUGGAGCUGGGGCAGCUUCUCAGCUGAAGACAGGAGAACUGGACUGGACUGGGGGGUGGGAGGAGACAUCUUGGGCAGGCCAAUAGCAGGACUGGAGAUGUGGGGGGAGACAGCUUGGGCAGGCCAGCAGCUUCUCAGCUAGCUGCAGGGAGCUGGGGCUGGGGAGGGGAGUAGAAAGGUAGGGCACACUUCAUCCAGGCAGAGGCUGAGGUGAGGGAGGUCAGAAGAGGGGCAGGGGCUGCGAGUAGACAACCUGGACAAGGCACAGCUUCUUAGCUGGCCACUGGGGGCUGAGGAGGCCAACAGCAGGGCUGGGAGCAGACAGACUAAGCAGAUCAGCAGUUCUCACACUGGUUGGGCAUGGCAGCAGCAUCUCCACUGGUCUCAGGAGGCUGGGGAUAGCCAUCUUGGCAGGCCAGCAGCAGGGCUGGAGCUGGGGGAGACAAGAGAUGAAAGAAAGGAAGUGUGCCCUGGUGCAGCGCUCCAGCAAGAGCUGGCUGGGGAACUCCGUAGCAGGGAGAAGCUCACAGUGUGGCUUGCAGCGUGCUCUCCCUGCUGCGCUCUUGGAACUCCUGCUGCAGACUGGCACUGGUGGUCCUGCUUGUGCAGCCAGGUGAGGCAGGCAGGUGUGAAAGAGGCCAGCUGGGUGCACACUGUAGGGGAGGUGAGUCACCCCAGCUGAGCUCCUGGUGCAUCUGCACCUAUCCUGCUGCCCCUCUCUUGCUGGACACUGGGAAGUGCACAUGCAGUCUGUGGCACGCACGCUGCCAGUGGCCCUGGGAAGAAGCCAGGGAAAGGGAGCAGCAGGCUAGUGGGUCUCUUGCACUGCCGCUGAUUCCACAAACAGCCAACCCCUAGCUCCCUUGUGGCAGAAGCAGCAAACAGGAGUAUCAGGGCAGGGACCCGUCCACCAGCCAGGUAAGAUAACCCAGCAGUGGGCUGCCCCAGCCUCACAUCGUCCCAUACACACACACACCCAGCCUCCUGCUCUCCGCCUCCCCCCCCAAUGCAACUCUCUGCUUUGAGACCCCCCCAACUCCUACCCUGACUCCUGCACUCCCAUUCACACAGCCCCCUAUCUUGAGAUUCCCUGUGAUGGUUCCCCUCCUUACUUUAUGAAACUGGCUUAUAAAUACAAAUAGGCCUACCUUGAAGAUGCUUUGGAUAAAAUACCUCAUAGAACCUAUCCAUUUUAAUGCAACAAUCUGCUGGAUCUGUUUAUACAUGGGUGAAUGUAUCAUUAUUAUAUGUAAAUUUAGAACUAUGAGGUAUGAGAUGGUUUAUGGUUUUAAAUGUGCAAAUGUAAGCCCUUAAUGGCCCGCCCCCAGCCUUAAUGACUGGGUCAUCAACUUAACAGCAUAAGAACAACCUUGUUCGUCCUUUAAAUCUAAGCAGUGGCAGUCCUAGAAAGACAUAUGACCAUAUCACCUGAUAAUGGGAUAUCAGCUUGACCAGGUAAUUUUCCAUGGAAGGUGGGUGUAGAGAACAAAAGAUUCCCACCCAGGGAUAAUCUAUAAAAACAAUGGGAAGCUAUCGGUACUUUUUGUCUUUGGUGAGUGACACACACCCAAGAGGAGAGCUGGAGACCCAAGUCAGAGAAAAAGAUCAGCUAUGACUUGAAAGCAUGCCUGAAGAAAGAGCAGGUUUUAGGGAGAGUUUGUAAUAAGCGUUGGUGUAUGAGAACUAGCUAUGUGGGUCUUUUUGUUUUAAUUCUGUAACUUACUUUGAUCUGUCUGUUUUCACUUGCAACUGCUUAAAUCCUACUGUUCGUACUUAAUGAAGUUAUUUUUGUCUACUAUCAAGUGCAGUGUAAAUAACUGUUACUUUUGGGGAGGGGGAAGCAAUCAGUGUGCAUAUUCUUGCUUUCACUGAUAAAGAGAGUGAACAUCCACAUGAGCUUUUUUUGUGCAAAACUUUGAAAGAUUUAUUUGGGGGUCUGAUCCCUUUUGGGGGUUGGUUUCCUGGGUGCUGUG